GGGGAGUGACACAGGAUUUAGGGGCUCGCUUCAAACGUUAAACUCCGCCGUAGAUCGGCGAUUUACACUGAUCCUUAUUUCCGUUUCACUUGGCGUGAGCAGCGUGGCAGAAUGUGGUUUUCCUAUCGACUUUUAGGUUUAAGUUUUUUCCCGUGUAGAGCAUGGUGGGGAAUUCGUUGCGCGCAGUACAGCGGCGGGACGACAGACGGAUCUCAAGUGCAAGCCGACCAGGGCGCGACCAGACGCCUCAACGCCGACCUCGAUCAGUGCGGAGCGGGCAGUCACAAGGCAGAGCCCAGCCGGCGCGGACACGGUGCAGAAAAUAAUAAGAAACGAAACAUGACCACUUAAGAUUAUCAACAUGGUCGUCAAAUGUGGCGUUUGUCUUUAGAAGUUUACAUCAAAAACAAUCAUCACUCACGUGAGAACCCACAGAGAAAACCAACCAAUCGAUUCCAUUUAGAGCAACAAAAUGUUGCCAGAGGGUGUACACCUCCCUUGCCAUAGAGAAAAACAGUCGAGGGGACAUGUGCAUUCGCAGCACCGCCACAACAAGCCAUUUGAGUGUCCUGUAUGCAACAAGAAAUUCUCGCAAAGUGAUAGCCUGCGUGUUCAUCUCCGCACCCACACCGGUGAAAAACCCUUUGAGUGUUCUGUAUGCAACAAGAAAUUCACAGGAAGCAGACAUCUUCGUCUUCACCUCCGCACCCAUACAGGUGAAAAGCCCUUUGAGUGUUCUGUCUGCAACAAGAAAUUCUCGCAAAGUGGUGGCCUGCGUGUUCAUCUCAGCACCCACACUGGUGACAAACCCUUUGGGUGUUCUGUAUGCCACAGGAAAUUUUCGAUGAAUGCUAGGGUGCGUGUUCAUAUGCGCACCCACACGGGUGAAAAGCCCUUUGAGUGUUCUGUGUGCAACAAACAAUUUUCUGUGAGUGCAUCUCUUCGGGUUCAUCUCCGCACCCACACCGGUGAAAAGCCCUUCGAAUGUUCUAUAUGCAACAAGAAAUUCUCCCGUAGUGAACAUUUAGGUGUUCAUUUUCAAACCCACACCGGUGAAAAGCCAUUUGAGUGCUCUGUAUGCAACAAGAAAUUCUCGGAAAGUGGAGGCCUGGUUAAACAUCUCCGCACCCAUACCGGCGAAAAGCCCUUUGGCUGCUCUGUGUGCCACAAGAAAUUUUCGCAGAGCGGUAGCCUGCGUGUUCAUCUCCGAAGGCACAUCAGUGACGUUUAAAUGUUCUGUAUUCAGCGCAGCAGAAAAGUUUCUACUAGUGCUCGGUUUUGGAUUCGCCUUCGAGUUAUACGAUUUGAAAAAAGAGGAAGUAAUAUUAGCUUUAAGUCGUCUUUCAUUUUUUAUCUGAAUUUUAACUGUGAAAGUACAUGAUUCAUUGUUAUAGGGCAAUUCCAGAUCGCACAAAGUGCACAAAAAUCAUCAUAUUUUGUAUGUUUUGGCUAAACUAUUACAUUUACAAUUAAAAAAACGUGUCUAUAUUUAUUCGUCAGAACUUUCUCCUGCGAAAGUCAUGUACCGAAAAAAGGAAACAACCUUAGGAAUUCUCGUUAAAUAUUAUGUUUACAAAGCAAAAUCGAGUUCCGUUUCGUGUCCGUCAGUGACGACACAAAUUGUAGGCGAAUUGCAAAUGGACAACAACGAGUGGAUGCGCCCUUGAGACUACGCGUCCAUUCAUGUGUCUCAACAAUUUGUAGCACCUCUCAUUCGCCUCCAACACGCCUUUAAGUGUGUGUUUGCGUAUGCCGUCACUGACAGCCAUCCUCUCUGGAAUUGCCCUAUAUUUCCCUGUUUGUCGCUUUUUGCCAACUUGAAGUUACGACUAAGUGUUUAUAACUUUACAAUUGCAAAUAUAAUAUUUUUUGGAGUAAAAUACGUGACAUGCGUUA